AGUUUAUACGUAAAAACAAGGAAAGUACACUUGAUAUAAAAAAACAACGAAGUUGUAAAAAAUACCGAUCAUAUGGUUGGUAUAAAUGUUAAUUGGAAAUUUUUCGAAUUUUAAAUUAAAAAUAACAACAACAAAAAUAUACAUUUUGUAAGUUGCUAUUAAACUCUAGUGAAGAACAACAGCGACUAGUUAAAAUGAUGUUUUACAAGCAAAAAACCAUUAUUUUAUCAUUUGUUAUAAUAUUUUCAUUGGUGCAACUUAUAAAUUCUGCAGACCCUGAAGUUGCAGUACCGACAGACUCUACUAAAACAGACUCUACUAAAACAGACUCUGUAGGCAAUGACGGCGCAAACAAACCUGCAGAUCCUGCUAAAAUAGAGCAACCUACGCCGGUAAAUAUUGCGACGACACCAACUGCAACCCAACAAUCUUCAACGACACAAAAUCAAAACAGCAUAUUUUGUAAAAUGAUUUGUAUGCCCCUUCAUGCCUGCAAGACGUUUUUUGGAGACACAUUCAAAAUAAUUUGGAAAAAUAUAUUAAAAGCCAAGGACAAAAUUAUUUCCGUUUAUAAACCAUCGACCAUAACUGUCAAUAACGUCGGCUAGCUGAUUCAUUUGCAAUUAUCAUAUGAAUUGUUAUCAUUAAAAAUUCUAAUAACAAAAAAAUAAAAAAAAUAUAGUUCGUUUUUA